AGCCAUGAUCAUGCCACUGCACUCUAGCCUGGGCAACAGAGCAAGACCCUGUCUAAAUAAAUAAAUAAAAGCUAUACUUGAUUAUUUUAUUCAGCACAAUUAUUUCUUACAGAGGCGGCCAGUGUGGGAUGGUCUGGCACACUCAUUUAGAGUGUGGGCCACAGAGGCAGAGAGCCCAUGUUCAUCUUCCUUAACCUCACUGAGAUCUUUCAUUUUGCUGUAAAACACAACUGAUAGUAAUAUCUAUUCCAAAAUAUUAUUGAGAGGAUUAAAGACAUAUGUAGGAGGUGCAUAUAAAGUACCUGGCACAUAGCAACCCCUCCCUCAAUAAAGGGUAGCUAUUGUUAUGUUAAUAUAUGCCAGGUAAGAAGAUGCAUGCUUCCUUCAUUUUAACUAACCUCCUUUGGCAGGAUUUGACAUACACAGGGUCCUUCAAACUAGAGCAUACUUUAACCCGAAAGUCUUAGCCUUGGUGAAUUCUCCUGUAUUUUGAGCACUUGCACUGGGCACUGGGAGCAGCAGUCUGUGGCCAGCAUUGCCACAGCCCCAGGAAGCAUUCUGGGCUGCCUGCAUGCAGACAGUGGGACCCCCAUCUGGAGUGAGGGUCCUGGGGUUUGAAGGAGAGUAAGACAAGGGAGAUGUCUUCCAGGGAAAACCCUGCCCAAAUGCAAAUGUGUUUCAUGAGAGACAACUUGUUAUUGUAACAUCUGACAAACAUGCAAUUCAUUAUUUUCGGAACUGAGGUGGGGCAAUGAGAAUGGAGUAAAGGGAAGAUUUCACUUUGGCUCGGGGGCUACAGAGGGAAGUAUUUGCUUUAUAGAAGUAGGGCUAUUAUAAACUACCUUGAGACACAUUUAUGCCACAAAUCUUCUACAAAUUGAAUUUUAAAAAAAUGUGGAGAGAAAUAAGUAGACCCUGAAGGUGAGCGUGUCAGCAGCGGUUCAGAUGCCAAAAGGUUAUCUUGAAUAGCCUUUUUGCUUUUAGAACUCUGUUCUUAACAGUAUUGUGGUUGCACAAGAAUCUAUAUUGGAAAAUUUAUUGACUAAUAUACUUGCUGCUUUUUAUCUAAGCUUGUCAGAGUGUAAGAUGGUGUUGCUAAAUGAAGGCUUGCCCUUUGAAUUCUUUUCUGACCUAUUUCUCCUGCAAACAGUAGCUUUAUUUUUUGGAAAUAAACAGUGGGCAUAAUUUUUAGUUUAUGACAGUAGUAAGCUGAUCCUGAUGAGUGUGUGUUUGUGUGUGCACUUCUGCUUGUCUGCAUCUUGCACCAAAACAUCCUCCAGCUGUGGGCCUUUUCCCUCUCUUUAGUAAAGCCUGUAAACAAAACCAGAAGCCAUGGGAAAAGUGUAAAGAGAGCAGCAGAAAAGAACGUUUGCUUUUGUGAAAAAGCCCGCCACUGCUUGAAUUUUAAAGAAAAGUUGAUGGAUCUUUUUCUGUUGCCUAUAUUAAUAGAACAAAGCACUGCUCCCAGGGCAGAAGGGUCCUUCUCUGUGUUGGAAGUGAAUUUCAGUCUCGUCCUGGAGCUCCUACCAGAUGAGACUUUUACAUGUGAUUUUAAGAAAUGAUCAGUUUAGGGGGGAAAAAAGCAAACAUCUGUGUUACAGGUCAGCCUUUAAAUUAUACUGUUUUAGUUUUGUCAUGGGAUACCCAGCUUUUAACUCAGUAGUGAAGUCGGCUGGGCUGGAAGUUUUCACAUCUAUUUUUAUCCCACAUAAUCUACCCCUGGUUCAGAUUGCUAGUUUCCUCACAGAGCUCCAGUCCACACUCGGCCGUGAACCGGGAGUUGAAUCAGCUGGCUGAAGCUGAGUGCCUCUCUUUUCCUUUCUUGGGAACAGGAAAGGUGCUGUGGAGAGGAAUUGGGGCGGGAUCAUUCAGGGGAAGGUGACAGCAGAUGGUGGGAAGGCCAGAGUCAGCAAGCCAAGUGUCGGGGGCAGAGUGAGACUCAGAGAACAGCAGCUGCCCAGUGCCAGAGCAAGGAAAGGGCAGGGAGGCUGGGCGGGGCAGUGUCUGUGGGACAGAAGGGGGCAAGAACACACACAGCCAGGCACAGCCUCUUAGCCAGCUCUCCAUGUCAGCAUGAGCAGUAACCAGGGAACUGGGCCGUUGGCACAUCAGCCUAUCAGAAUUCAUGGGAGGUUAUUUCUUAAGUGAAAUUCUAAAGAGUUAAAGGAUGAAUUUGGACAGUGAUGGAAUGGAUGACAUCAUCAGUCAAGAAUCCUCAUUGGAUAUGGAGGGGAAUUAUAAAAAGGCACAGAAAAAUGAGAGAGAGUCUAUCAGACAGAAGUUGGCACUUGGAAGCUUCUUUGAUGAUGGCCCAGGAAUUUAUACCAGCUGUAGCAAAAGUGGGAAGCCAAGCCUUUCCUCCCGACUGCAGAGUGGGAUGAACUUGCAGAUAUGCUUUGUCAACGACAGUGGCAGUGAUAAGGACAGUGAUGCUGAUGACAGUAAGACUGAAACCAGCUUGGACACCCCCUUGUCUCCCAUGAGCAAACAGAGUUCUUCCUAUUCUGAUAGAGACACUACUGAAGAGGAGUCUGAAUCCUUGGAUGACAUGGACUUCCUUACAAGGCAAAAGAAAUUGCAAGCUGAAGCCAAAAUGGCUCUUGCCAUGGCCAAACCAAUGGCCAAAAUGCAAGUAGAAGUGGAGAAACAGAACAGGAAAAAGUCUCCCGUCGCUGAUCUUCUGCCACACAUGCCUCAUAUAAGUGAAUGCUUGAUGAAAAGAAGUUUAAAACCCACCGACCUGAGAGACAUGACUAUUGGGCAGCUACAAGUGAUAGUCAAUGAUCUCCAUUCCCAGAUAGAAAGCUUGAAUGAAGAGUUGGUCCAGCUGCUUCUCAUCCGAGAUGAGCUGCACACAGAGCAGGAUGCCAUGCUGGUGGACAUCGAAGACUUGACCAGACAUGCUGAAAGUCAGCAGAAGCACAUGGCAGAGAAAAUGCCUGCAAAGUGAAAAGAAGCCAUUCAACCAGAGAACAAGCUAGAAUUUAUUUUGCUUCUGUGGUUGUAAAAAUGCUGUUGCUAAAGGUGGCGCAGAAACAAAUAUCAGUGUUAGUCAUUGAUAAUGUCUGAAGCUUAAUGUCCAGUGAUUGGCCUUUGCUUCUUAAUUUAUUUUAAUUUUUUACUUGUGCCACUUAAUAUCAGGCAUUUUAAUAAAAUAUUGUUACAAAAAAUGUACAGUACUGACACCACCACAAAUCAUGGUUAAUAAAAGAGAGUAGUUUUAACUUUAUUUUUAUUUGUUUAGAGAUUUUAAGUUGGAACAGUAUUUUCCCAUUGACUACUUUUCAUUCUUCACUGUAGUUUUAAAGAAGAACUGUAAAUGACGGUGCUAUACAAGUCAAAAAAUACAUGCCUGCCUCGUAGUGAAGUUGUAGCUCUCCGUAAUAUGUAUAUUUUACUCAGUUUUCAACAUUUUGUGAAUGUUGACUACCUGAAGUUCCUUUUUAGAUGUGCUAUUAACAUUCUGUUGGAUUCAGAGGGUUCCUUGAAAGUUUUAUGUAUAAAUAUGUAAAAUAAAAAUUAAAACUUUGUUUCAUAU